AUGGAGCNCUCGGCGAGUGCAGAGGUACAAGCUCGCAUUGCGCGGGCGUCAAGACGCCGAAAACAGGCGAACAAGAUCGACCUCGGACCAGUCAACGCCAAUGAUAUGGGGAUGGAGUGUAGACGCAUCGUAGAACUCGUUUUCGUUUGAAGUUGGCGCCUUGUUUGAGAGUAGAUGUGACAGAUUUGCGUAGAAUAGGGUAAGAUGUUACCAUGAACGGAGAAGAAAGGGCUUUUCCAACACGGAGAUGUAGCAUGGAUCAAAGUGUUUGUUGGAUUUCAGCUUUUACAAGAGGACAUCAACGCAGGUAGUAUUUUAGCAAGCUUUUGAACGCAUGUAGGAUACCAUGAGGAUU